AAAUUGAAAAAAUUCAGAAAGGAGAGACAACAAAGAAGGAUGAGGAAGAAAAUUACCUGGAUUUAUUUUCCCACAAAAAUAUGAAGCUGAAGGAACGAGUUCUGAUCCCUGUCAAACAAUACCCCAAGUUUAACUUUGUUGGGAAGAUUUUGGGACCUCAAGGCAACACCAUUAAAAGACUUCAGGAAGAAACUGGUGCAAAAAUCUCUGUACUGGGUAAAGGCUCCAUGAGGGACAAAGCCAAGGAGGAGGAGCUGCGCAAGGGGGGCGACCCCAAGUACGCGCACCUGCACAUGGACCUGCACGUGUUCAUCGAGGUGUUCGGGCCCCCGUGCGAGGCCUACGCCCUCAUGGCCCACGCCAUGGAGGAGGUCAAGAAGUUCCUGGUCCCU